UGGAACCCAAAAUUACUCCAAGUCAAAGAAGAAAGAAGGAAAUGGACAUUGCACAGAUAAAAUCAACAAUCUGUGCUCAUUGUAGGAGGAGAGAAGUUGUGAUAAAUGAGAAGGAGGGCACAGCCGUCUGCAAGAAUUGAGGCUUAGUCAAGGAAUUCAGCAUGAUUGACACUACUGCUGAAUGGUGAGCUGGUGCAGAACCUUCCACAAUGGAUAGAACUGGGAGUAAUAUAAAUCCAAAUCUUGAAAGCUUUGGCAUUGAAGGAAAUAUCACUGGACCUGCUGGAGUAGAAAAUAGCAUCCAAAAAGCUACAAAAAGAUUUGUUUCUCGUACAGACAGCAAUAUCAAGGCAAGCAUGGUGAUGAUUAAAGGUUUUAUUAGAGCUUUAAACCUGACUAGAUCUUGCUCAGAAAUGGCAUUAGACCUUUAUGCAGCUGGUGAGAAGAAGAGUAUCUUCCCAAGCAAACCUAUUGAAGCUAGGUUAGCUGCAUGCGUCUUCAUGGCAUCCAAGAUAGUUGGCAGAAGCAAGGACUUAAAAGAAUUGCUCAGUGUUGUCAGACUCAAAAGGAGAGAUGUUACAAGAUGAUACAAAGCCAUCACUAAGAAUAUGCCAACUUCUACGGUGAGUAUCGAUUAUGCAGAGAAGGUAUCAAAUAUAUGAAGAACUCUUGAAAUCUCUGAUAUAAUCGAGAAAGCCUGCAGACAGUGAGUAGAGAUCGUGAUGGAGAGAGAACUUCUUACUGGGAAAAAUCCAAACACGAUUGCUGGAGUAGCCAUUUAUUUAGUGACUAAAGAUUCACCAUUCUCCCUACCAAUCGAUAAUAUAGCAAAUGCUAGUGGGAUUAAAGGUCAGACUAUCCAGAGAAAUCUAAAUUAUAUUCUCCAUCUUCAGAAGGAGCUAAUACCAGCUUGGUUCAGACCUUACUUGAAAUAAC